AUGUACGUAAACCUGCCCCACUAUUACAUUCCGAAACUGUGCGGGUUCCUCUCCUUCGUCUUCAAUCUCAUCUUCAUUUAUCUUCUAAUCAGCGACAGGAAACUUAAGCUCGGAAGUUAUCGGCAUCUGCUCGUCAGCUUCUCCUUCUUCAACAUUCUUUACUCACUCUACGACGGGUUGGUUCCAAUGGUUCGGUUCGGCUCUCCUGUUUUCAAUUCCACGAAGCUCCUGUUUGCAGUGUAUUCAUUCCUACCGCUACGCCUUCGUCGUCUUUAUCUCUGAAGGCCUUUUCUUCGAUUUCUCUCCGCUCGGCCAGUUUGCUCUUUCCGUCCGCUGCGGUGUCAUUUCAGUCACCUAUGCCAUUCUGCACGCUCACUUCGUCUACAGAUAUCUCGCCUUGUACAAGAGGAAUUUGAUCGAUGACUACUUCAUGCCCUACGGACUCGUCUCCACGUUCCUCUACUGUUUCUGCCACUUGAGCUCAUGGGCGGCAGUUUGUGAGCUGUUCUUCUAUGGCGACGAGGAGCGAAAAGAGUAUGUUCAUGACUCGUUCAAAACGAGUUAUGACAUUGAAUCCCAUGAGAUCAACAUGGUGAUUGCCCUUUAUUGGGAGGGAAGCGAUGGAAUUGUGAUGGACUCGUGGAUCGGAGUGAUUAUUGUCACUAUCAGCUCCACUUAUUCCAUGGGAUUGUACUUUUUGCUCGGUUAUAAAGUGAGUUCCCGCCUGAACACAGUUUUUCCAUUGAAAUUCACAGAUACUGGACAAGUUGAAAAAUCAAAUAACGAUCAGCGCAAACACAUUGAAUAUGCAGAGACAAUUGUUCAAAGCGCUGACAGUCCAGACGGUAAUCCCACUUUGUGUGAGCCUUCUUCCGUGCCUCGCUGUCUGGUUCGGCCCCGUCUUCCUGCUCGACUUCAGAGGGGUCUACCUGACUUCGGUCAUCGCCGUCUCCAUCUUCCCCUGCAUCGACCCUCUCGCUAUCAUCAUCUUCCUGCCGAGUCUCCGUGGAAGAUUCCGAUUACGAAUCACCUCCGUCACUUCCGUAUUCCUUUCCACCAGACAUCCAGUAUUCUGA